UGAGUUGUCUUCGGCAGUGUCAACUGGCCGUCGUCUGCUGGCGAUGCGGAGCAGCUGAAAAACGGUGUCUUCCUAAAAAUUGAAGAUAGUCUUUUAAUUUGUUCUUUCAGCCAAAACCCGCAAAAUCAAAAUACUCUUUUAACGAUGCCUAAUAUUAUUAAUGAGAUAAAAUUAGACUUCAAAGAUGUUCUACUUCGUCCCAAAAGAAGCACUCUUCAAAGCAGAUCAGAGGUUGACCUAUACCGCGAGAUUACUUUUAGGAACUCCAAGCAAUCGUACAAAGGCAUACCAGUUAUUGCCUCUAAUAUGGAUACCAUUGGUACUUUUGAAAUGGCUGCUGUUCUUGCCAAGCAUGGGCUAUUUACAACAGUACACAAGUAUUACACCCCUGAAGAGUGGCAGAAAUUCGCUGAAGUUUACCCAAAUGCUCUUCCCCAUGUUGCCGCUUCAUCUGGUGUAGGACAAGCAGAUUUUGAAAGACUUUCCACAGUAUUAAAUGUUAAUCCUGGAGUCAAAUUUAUCUGUCUGGAUGUUGCUAAUGGUUACACUCAGAAUUUUGUUGAAUUUGUCAGGAAAGUUCGAAAUGCUUUUCCACAACACACAAUCAUUGCAGGCAAUGUUGUUACGGGGGAGAUGGUUGAAGAACUAAUUCUUUCAGGGGCUGAUAUUGUUAAAGUUGGAAUUGGGCCAGGUUCUGUUUGCACCACUCGCCUGAAAACUGGAGUGGGUUACCCACAGCUUAGUGCUGUUCUUGAAUGUGCUGACGCUGCUCAUGGUCUUGGUGGCCACAUUAUAUCUGAUGGAGGUUGCACUUGUCCUGGAGAUGUUGCAAAAGCUUUUGGCGCUGGAGCAGAUUUUGUCAUGCUCGGGGGAAUGCUGGCUGGCCAUGAUCAGUGUGGUGGAGAGAUCAUCACUAAAUCUGAUGGGAAACAGUACAAGUCUUUCUAUGGAAUGUCAUCAGAUACUGCAAUGAAGAAACAUGCUGGUGGGGUUGCUGACUACAGGUCAGCUGAGGGUAAAACUGUUCAAGUCCCUUAUAGAGGUGAUGUUGAGUGCACAGUUUUGGAUGUGUUAGGAGGCUUGCGAUCUGCUUGCACAUACACUGGUGCAGGACAGCUCAGAGAACUUUCCAAGCGAGCAACGUUUAUCCGCUGCACACAGCAAGUAAAUACUGUUUAUGCCAAUUUGGGCUAAAGUGUCCAUAUGCAUCAAAUUUCAGUUUAAAUUUAAGAGUUUGGGAAGAUGGACAAAUAUUUAUGUUUUUCUUCCAAAAUCUUAUCAUUUCUACACAAAGAAGCACAACUAUUUAUUGGGGUUUCACUUUACCAUUUUAUUAUUAAUGUUAAUUGGUAGAAUUAAUUCAUUUUAACAAUUUUGUGAAAGGUGUUGUUUUUAAUUUAGUUUUAAUAGUAGGUUGUGCAAAAUUUUGUUUGAAGUCUUGUCAUAGUUUUAUAUCUAUUUGGCUGCGAAACCUACAUUGUUUUCUAGAGCAAAGUGGAAAGGUAUAGGUGAUAAUCUUGACACCAAAGAAUACUGCUGUUAUUGAAAUGUCUGUCUAAAUAUUUAUGCAAAUAAUGACUUAUAUGCAAGAUGAAAUAAGACUGAAGUCUUUAGAAGUUGGGGGAAUUUGUUUAUCUGUGAACAUCUGACUGAAUACCAAUAAGUGAGAGACUGCUGGAGAUUAAUUUUCUGAAACUACUAGUCAAUGAUCAUGCAGUGCUAUUAAAAUGGUCUCAAUUCACAGGGUAAUUUUGAAUAGAAUUACAGCAUUGAUUCCUGCCUUCAUGUUUCUAACCAUGUUAGAUAAUAAACAGUUUUUUUUUAAUUUCCACAGAAAACAUAUGUUCUUCUUAAUAUUUUCUUAGUCACUGCUCCUCAAUACAAGAUUUUUUUUUUAGAAAAAGGAAGUGCUCAAAUAUCUACCAGAAAUUUAACUUGCUAUGUUUUCAAUCUAGUCUGAAAAAUUUGGUGUAAUGCAUGAUGUCAGUUUUUAAGAUCAGUGGAUGAACUAAGUCAGUAUGGCAAUAUAGAUAUAUAAAAUAUUAUUUACUCAAGUUUGAGUUUGGUAGUAUGCUCAAAAGCAGAAACAAUGUCUAUUCUAUUCUAAAGUGUUGGGGUUUACAAGAGUGCUUUUUAAGUUACUCGGCAUUUAACUAACAUUUCUUUCCAUUUUCUGUUCCUUUUAAGUUGCACUAGUUUACAGUUUUUGUUUGCUUUGUGGGUUCACUACCUCUAUUGUACAGGUAUUGCCGAAUUUGUUGUUCUUGCUAAUUAACCACUCCAGGCCUUCAAGCGAGUGUAGCUGACUAAUCUCUUCUCUAUUGUGAAGUUCAAGGCUAAGGACCAGCUUGAUUGCUCAUUGCUGUGAUAAGUUAUAGGAUGUGGAAGGUAUGGCAGGGUACAUGUACUGUGAUUUUCUCCCUGGUUACACUUUGAACUACUCAUGUCAAACUUCUGCAUUUGUUUCAUAGAAUAUUAAAACUUGUCUGUUCGACAA